GUAUGGUCGGUGCGAAGGUCAAGUUUGGCAAAAUGGCGGCCGCGGUGUUUGGGCGGAAGGCAGCAGUUUUGGGCAGUUUGAGGAGUUUUCCCGCUCAGCGCUUAUGGUUCCACAGUGCAACCGUUCUUCCUCAGCAGUCUGGUUCCAGUCCUCAGUCGGGUUUCUUCCCACCGGUUGAAGACGCCAUGUUGCCAACAGGUAGUUUCAACAACAGGGUGGCGUUCAUCACAGGAGGCGGGACAGGACUGGGCCGAGCCAUGACUACGACACUCUCACAGCUGGGAGCUCAGUGUGUCAUCGCCAGCAGGAAGCUAGACGUUCUGCAGCAAGCAGCCAAAGAAAUCAGCAACCAGACUGGAAACAAGGUGCAUGCGGUUCAGUGUGAUGUCAGAGAUGCUCAGGCCGUCUCUCGUUGUGUUGACGAGAUGGAAACUCUGACUGGACUACCUGAUGUGAUCAUCAACAAUGCAGCAGGAAACUUUGUCUGUCCGUCAGAACGUCUGUCACCAAACGGCUGGAAAAGUAUCACUGACAUCGUGCUGAACGGGACAGCGUUCAUCACGCUGGAGCUCGGCAAAAGACUGAUAAAGAAGCAGAGAGGUGCGUCCUUCCUGGCCAUCACCACCAUCUAUGCUGAGUCUGGUUCUGGAUUUGUGGUUCCAAGCGCGUCAGCGAAGGCUGGAGUCGAGGCGCUCUACAAGUCUCUGGCUGCAGAGUGGGGGCGCUAUGGCCACAGGUUCAACAUAAUCCAGCCUGGACCAAUAAGAACCAAGGGAGCGUUUAGCCGUCUGGACCCGACUGGAGCCUUUGAGAAGGCGAUGAUCGACAGGAUCCCGACGGGUCGACUUGGAAAACCAGAAGAGAUCGCAAACCUGGCCGCAUACAUGAGCAGUGACUACGCUACCUGGAUGUCUGGAGCAGUGAUCCGAUUGGAUGGAGGAGAAUAUGUAUCGAUGGCCGGAGAGUUUAACGAGCUGCGCAGAGUGACUGCAGAUCAGUGGAAGAUAAUGGAGGUGAUGAUCAAAAGCACCAAAGGAUCCUGAAAACAACCAAUUGGAUCACUACACAGGUGUACACACCCACCUGGUGAUGUCAUGAUGGCGAAAGAAUCUGGUAGAUUUUAAUAAAUAAUUCACCUCUGGUUUUUAGCAGGACAAGGUGCUUGUAGCUGGCGGGGCUUUUUUAAGUCCAACAGUGUCAUAUCAUAUGUAGUUAACAUAUAAAUAUUUUAUGUAUGUAAACUGUCAGACUGAGAUGACGAACUUUGAAGUGUCACAUUAACCUAUUCAUCACUUUAAUAAAUGAAUGAUUGAGAAAUUAAA